AUGUUCGCUCGACGCCCCCUCGCGACGGUGCUCACCGCCGCCUCGACGCAGCCGCUCCUGCAGCAGCGCCGCCACGACCACGACCGCUGGUACGGCCACGCCCUUGAGCUUGACAGCCACAACUACAAGUUCACUGGCGAGCCCCCAAGCUGGAUGCGGCCGCGCGAGCGCACCGAGGAGGAGACGGAGUUCGCCAAGUCUGUCUUGCCGCACGUGGACUUUGCGAGCAGCUACGAGUGCCUGUUGUUUGACGCGGACCGUCUGAACGGCCACCUGAACCGCAAGGAGUUUGGCAAUGAGGUGCGCUUCCGGCUGGAGAAGCAGUCGAACACCGUGGCGCGUGCGCAGCAGCUGCUGAAGGAGCGAAAGGAGAGCCGCGACGAGCGGGUGGAGAACACGAUGCUGGCCCGCAUCUUUGACGAGGAGCACGUGCAGGCGGAGAUGAAGUACGUCAAGUGCAUCCGCGCCAACGAGCUGGCGGAGGACAACCGUCUCGACAUUCUCCCCGGCGGCUCCCCCAACUCCCUGCGGGAGAAGACGCGCUGGAACGUCAACACCGAGCUGCACCCCGCGGACCGCGCGGAAAUCGCCGCCCGCCUCACCGCCUGGUUGCCGGAGAAGUACCACAUCGUGUACUUCGACGACUUCCAGACGGUGGCCGCGAACGACCCGGCGGCGCGGCGCGAGAUGCUGAGCAUCGUGCAGAACGUGGAGCAGGAGUACGCGCCCGAGGCCAAGUCCUCCGGCUACGAGAACGACCUGAAGGAGGUGGUGCUGGAGCUCAUGGACGACGUGGACCCGUCGCGCCACAUCACCCCCGCGGCGAUCAAAGAGUGCGCGGACCUCAACCAGCUGGAGGAGUGGUCGCGGGUGGUGCACGAGUACAACGGCGACGAGCGCAUGCUCGCCAUCUACGCCCGCGCCGCCGAGCUGACGAAGAACGCCGACCAUCAGGCCCUCGUGCGGAACAUGCAGGAGUGGCGGAAGCUGGCGAACAAGGCGUAG